UAACUUUCAAAGUCAAGAACAGUGUGUAUAAAGCGAAGACAAAUUCAUUUUAAGAUAGCAUCACUCGCACUCUGACGUCUGCCUUCUUUUAUAUCCUGAAAGUUUGACAUGGGUAAUCACCGCUGUGCUAAGAUAUUUAUUAUCCUCCUUGUGGCGGGCACCACAGUGGCUCAAAAUAUCAGCCCUGGCCGCCCCCGUGACUGCGCCGAUAUUAAGAUCGUCGGACGUUCCAAUCCUAACGGAGUUUAUCUCAUUUACCCCGAUGGACAAGGUGCUAUUCCCAUCACCGUUUACUGCGAUAUGGAAACAGAGAAUGGAGGCUGGACAGUCAUCCAGCGGAGAAUGGAUGGUUCUGUUGACUUCUACCGGUAUUGGGCCGACUACAAAAGUGGUUUUGGGAACGUCUCUUCGGAGCACUGGCUCGGCAACGAGAAGAUCCACUUUCUCUCUAGACAAAAGACGUACGAACUAAGGAUAGAGCUUGAGGAAUUCGACGGACAGACGGGCUUUGCUACCUACAGCAAUUUCAGUGUCGGGAACGAGACCACAAAUUACGAACUCUCAAGAGUUGACAACUUCGUUGGAAACUCAGGAGACUGUCUUUCGUACCAUGCUGGUCGUCCUUUCAGUACACGAGACAGGGACAACGACAUUAGCCCGCAUGAGUGGGAAAACUGUGCCGAUCGCUACAAAGGAGGUUGGUGGUACCAUGCCUGCCAUCAUGCUAACCUGAACGGCCAGUAUGGGGAGAAAAUGUCGGCAGAAACAACCUCCCACGGUGUGGUAUGGUAUGAUUGGUCCACUGGAAGAGGCCUACCCUACACCCUCAGGAAAACCGAGAUGAAAUUUCGUCCGACGAAUUAUCUCAGAGGUUUGUAG